AUGCUGGAUAUACAUCCAACCCCACCACUAGUAGCUCUCGUCCUCGGACUCCUGCUUUUACUUCCCCUCCUCCUCACCCCCCAAUUGAAAGGAUGGACCAAGCAAUCCUCAUCCUCACUGCUAGCACGCCUGAACCAACUCUGGCGCUGGCACCGUCAGUCCAGUGAAAUCGUCUCGCUGCGCAUGUACCCCAUAAAAUCCUGCCGUGGCUUCGAGGUCCAAUCUACCACCCUCAAAGAACACGGCCUUGAUCUUGAUCGGCGCUGGAUGCUGGUUGAUGCGUCGACGCGCGAGUUUUUGACUAUUCGUCAGAUCCCGGAUAUGACUCGUAUCGGGACGGGGUUAAGUGCUGAUGGAACUGAAUUGGUAGUUACCAUUCCAUCCAAGACUACUGCCAAUACUACCGCUGCCGACAAGCCUGCGGUUAAUACCGUCCGUGUUCCCUCUCAUCCAUCUACAGAAUGGCUGGAGGCUAACACGGCGGUGGCCCCGGUUAAAAUUUGGGACAACGACACGGAUGGAUACAUCUACAGCGAUGCUAUCAAUGCUCCGUUCUCAGAGUUCCUGGGCCGCCCCGUUGCAUUGGUGUACAAGGGUCCCACACCGCGCGUGCUGAAAGGCAACGGCGCUCCCAAGCUGCUAGGCCGUGUCCAGAGCACCGGUUUCCCCGACGUAUUCCCUAUUCUGAUUGCUUCGGAAGCAUCACUGGCCGAAUUGAACACCCGCCUUCGUCGCAUCGACGUCGACCCAAUCACCGUCGAGCGGUUCAGGCCGAAUAUCAUCGUCCGUGGCGAAACACCCUGGGUCGAAGAUUCAUGGAAGACAGUCCGCAUUCGCAAUGCACCUAAGAAGUCGGGCUUAGACACCAGCGGUACUCCCAAACAGAAGGUCAACCACGCACCAAUUGAUCUGGACAUCGUUGCUCGCUGUGCGCGCUGUCAAGUACCGAAUGUCGACCCGGAUUCCGCGGCGAAACAUAAGAGGCAGCCGUGGGAUAUGCUGGUUUCAUAUCGUCGUGUUGAUGAGGGGAUCAAGUAUAAGCCUUGUUUUGGGAUGUUGGCUGCGCCGAGGAGUGAGGGGCUUGUGGAGGUGGGGAUGAAAUUGGAGGUUUUGGAGGAGACGACUCAGCAUCGGUAUAUUACUGGGUUUUGA